AUGGGCAAGAUCCUCGCCACUUUCGCUACUCUCGCACCUUUCCUAGGCGGUGCCCUCGCCGACACUUGGGGUCCGGCCUUUUCACUUGGUCCGACGUCAGGCGCCGUCAUCGGCACCACAUACACCUUCACGUCUGGAACCCCUCCCAGCCCUCCUGAAGACGCUCUCUUCCUGUGGGUCGGCAUCAGCAACGCAACGAGCGGCCUCAUCCAGGCUGGCACCAACCAGUACUCUAACAUGGAAGCCGCGUGCGGGGCUGCUAACUCUCAGUGGUGUGUCGGCGCGAGCUACUUCGGGAUCGUUGACGGUCAAACAACGCAACUCAACGGCCCUGUAGUCGCCAUCGAUGGUAGUACCCCAGUCUACGUCGACUACUCGCUGAGCGGCAACACAUGGACCCAGACCGUCGAGGUCGGUGGCAAGGUCGUCUCGACUGUGACCACUUACGACGGACCACUUCUCAACGGCGGCUGGGGUACCGGUACCGAAUGCCAACAGAACUGCCGCGGUACGGGAGAUGUGCAACACUACUACGACAUCACGAUCUACCUCUCCGAGGCCGACCCCAACUUCAAGAACACGCUCGGAAAGGGCUCCGGCGUCGUCGCGAGCGACAUGGAGACCUCUGACGGCGGCAAGACCUGGACGAUCUCUUCGAUCACGAUCCCCAAGUACACAGCAUGA